UGACAGGCUGUCACACUGGCUAGCACAAAGUUUGUGUUUUUUUUUGGCAACAGAUUUAGGAGUUCUGGAAAAAUGACUAGCUGCGUGCCAGCGCAGCAGCAAAAGGACCAGGAGCAGUUGCUAAGGGCACUGGACGACAGCAGCGACGAUAUGGACGACGCGGAUGAGUCCGACAAGGAGAAACUUAAGCUGACAGAGCCCACGUUCUCAUUUUCGAGUAGUCACACUUGUUGGGUGUGCAAUGGCUACUAUGGGCCAAACUUCGGCGAGCCCUUAUGUGGAGCUUGCCACGCCUUCCUUUACAACGCACAGCGCGCAGAGGAACUGCUGACAGAGCUAUCCGACGACGAGGACUCUGGAAAUGAUGAGCCGCCUUUCAAGGACAAGCAGGAGGACGAGGAGACUGAGAAUGAUGUAGACAUCAUGGGCUUCGAGGAUUUGGAAGAGCCACCUGCACCGCAUCACAAUUUGAAUCCCCAACCGCCGCUGGAACUGCAGGAACAGCAGCCGGCUCAGCCUGUGGAGCCGCCGCAGCAGGCUCCAGAAGCUGCGCCGGCCCGCAGGGAGACUCCGGAACGCGAUGCCGAACAUGAGCGAGCUGUAAAUCCUUUCCUGUUGCCUGUGAAGCGUCCCCGGGCCACGGCUCCACUGGCCCUUCCACACUUUAUGCACGAGCUGGCAGAUGGUCGAGCACGGGCUCAUGAAUACAACGCUGCGGCAGGCGGCAGCCGAUCACUUGUAACCAAGUUUCCCGUCGAGGUGAUGCUCAAGAUAUUUGCCUAUUUGGACGACAUGUCGCUGUGGAUGGCUAGUGAGGUGUGCAAACAGUGGCACGAUAUUGUGGCAAAAAGUACUGCCCAAAGCAUGUGGAAGACCUAUAUUAAGCAACGAUGGCCGCUCUUUGAGAGCUUGGCCAAUAAUCCGGACUGGUACCGGCUGUACGGGGCUCUCAUGUCCUCCUGCUUUUGUCGCACAUGCUUGAUUGAAAUGGGUGGCCGUGGACGGCCGACGGAGGAGCAAGGCCAACAACUUGGCGAUGCAAUGCGCAACAACUUCUUGCGCGGAGAGGCCAAUCUCCUGAAUAGCUAUGAGUCGGAAGGCAUAUCGGCGAUACCACUGGACCGGCAGAAUAAUUACUGGCAAGCCACGAUCCUGGGACCGCCGGGAAGCCCCUACGAAGGUGGAAAGUUCUUUCUGUUUAUCUACUUCCCCGAGCGCUACCCGAUGGCUCCACCCACAGUUCGCUUCCUGACCAAGAUUCUACAUCCCAACGUCUCCCGGCAUGGGGAUGUGGGUAUCGACAUCUUCCAGCAGCACAACUGGUCCUUGGCAUUGAAUGUCGCCAAGGUUCUGCUCUCGGUUCAGAGCCUUCUAACGGAUCCGUACACAGAGGUUUGCAUGGAGCCGGAGCUUGGGUACAUCUAUGAACACGAACGCGAGCGUUUCGAGCAGCUGGUACGCUCCUGGACUUGGAAGUAUGCCAUGUCUGAGCUAAUAGCUCCGCACUAAGAGGGCGAACACUGGACUGAAAGUUGAAAACUAACCCCGUUUACGAUGUAACAUUUGUCUGUGUAUUUAGCUUAGUUGUGCCAUUCGGAUUGUUUAUUUUGGCAUCCCCCUCACAUCAUCACCCCACAUAGUCGAAAUUACUUAACCUAAUAAUAAAGGUAAUCUUUAAGUUA